AUGGUGUCAGAAGCGGGUAUUAGUGGCGACCCAGCUAAGGUUGAGGCUGUCAGAGAAUGGCCACGCCCCGAGAACAUAGGUGAAUACCGUAGCUUGCUAGGUAUUGCUGGUUAUUGCCGCAGAUAUAUCCCAGGGUUCUCCAGCAUUGCUUCCCCCCUGACACAUCUUACCAGGAAAGACAAGUUGCUUGAAUGGUCAGAGUCAUGUGAGCAGGCAUUUUCAGAGCUUAAGAACUUGUUAACCAAAGCUCCGGUGUUGAACUAUCCCAGUAGUGAGGGUGAGUUUGUUCUAGAUACAGACGCGAGUCUAACGAGGUUAUUUGGGGUCUUAUCUCAGAUACAGAACGGCGAAGAAAAGGUUAUUACCUAUGCUAGUCGCACCCUCAGCAAAUCAGAGUUAUUGCACAACGUAUAG